AUGCGCUUCCCCCCCCUCCUGGCCAUCGCGGCCCUCGCCGCCACCGCCACCGCCCUCGCCGACGCCGCCGCCCUCGUCGCCCAGAUCAAGGCCCUCAAGGCCCAGACGGCGGACCUCGGCGCCGCCGUCGCCUCCUGGGACGGCGGCCCCUUGUCCGCCCUCCCCAUCACCGCCGACGCCGCCGCGCUGCUGCAGCGCACCAGGGCCGCCGCCCGGCUCGCCAACCAGUCCGCCCGCCUGGCCGGCAACCAGGCCCUCGCCGCCGCCCUCGCCGCCGCCCAGCUCUGCCAGGCCGUCCCGCCCGCCCUGCAGGCCAUGGUGGACGCCAAGCCCAAGUUCGACGGCCUCGUCUUCUUGUCGCCCGUCGUGCUGGGCGACCUCGAGAUGCAGCGCGACGCGUCGCGCGACCUUGGCCAAGCCCUCGUCGCCAAGCUGCCGGCCAGCUGGGCCGCGGUGGCCAAGUCCCUGGUCAAGGGGGUGGACGAUGCGUUUGCGGCGGCCAUUGACAAGUACAGCGUGUUUGCGGUUUGA